GAGAAACUGGGUCAGCGGCUGCGAUUCGUUUAUGUCACACUGGUGCGGGUUGUUAUCGCAGCUCGCCCGGUGGCUUCCAAUGGAGACACGGACCCCGGCGGACCCGCGAGGUUGAUGGUUUACACCCGCUGCUUACAAGUCAGAUCAAACUGGAUCAAACCAGGUCAGACUGCAUCGAAACUCACAGAUCUGAAGUGAGCGGACCAGACCGAUCCAGACGACACCAGGCCCGUCCAGGAGGCCUGUCCCAGUUUCCUAUCAAGUUGAGGGCUCACGAGUGGAUGGAAGGAAAUGAUUUUAACACAGAGGCAGUGAUGAACAUCUGUGAUGACCUGAUGGCAGACCAAAGGAUGGACAUCUCGUCAACAAUGACUGACUUCAUGUCGCCCGGCUCCACCGACCUCAUCUCCAGCUCCAUCAGCACGCCUGGCAUGGACUACACGCGCAAGAGGAAGGGCAGCACCACCGACUACCAAAUUGAUGGCUUCUCCUUCGAUGACAUGGACCCAGACAAAGAUAAGCUUGGAGGUGACCAACAGGGCCGGAUUAAGAAUGCAAGAGAGGCUCACAGCCAGAUCGAGAAGCGGCGCAGGGACAAGAUGAACAGCUUCAUCGACGAGCUGGCGUCGCUGGUGCCCACCUGUAACGCCAUGUCCCGCAAGCUGGACAAGCUGACGGUCCUGCGCAUGGCCGUCCAACACAUGAAGACACUCAGAGGUGCAGCCAACCCGUACACAGAGGCCAACUACAAGCCUUCCUUCCUGUCAGAUGAUGAACUCAAGCACUUGAUACUAAGGGCUGCUGAUGGUUUCUUGUUUGUUGUCGGCUGCGAUCGCGGCAAAAUUCUCUUUGUUUCUGAAUCGGUCUACAAAAUACUCAACUACAGCCAGAACGACCUGAUAGGUCAGAGCCUGUUUGACUACCUUCACCCCAAGGACAUUGCCAAGGUCAAAGAGCAGCUGUCCUCCUCCGACACGGCCCCACGAGAGAGGCUCAUCGACGCUAAAACUGGUCUUCCAGUGAAGACAGACAUCACUCCUGGUCCUUCUCGACUCUGUUCUGGAGCCAGACGGUCAUUUUUCUGCAGGAUGAAAUGCAACAGGCCUUCGGUCAAAGUAGAAGAUAAAGAGUUCCCCUCAACCUGCUCGAAGAAAAAAGCCGACCGCAAGAGCUUCUGCACCAUCCACAGCACGGGCUACCUGAAGAGCUGGCCUCCCACCAAGAUGGGCCUGGACGAGGACAACGAGCCCGACAACGAGGGCUGCAACCUGAGCUGCCUGGUGGCCAUCGGCCGCCUGCACCCCCACAUCGUCCCCCAGCCCAGUCUGGCAGACAUCCGGGUGAAGCCCACAGAGUACGUGUCCCGGCACGCCAUCGACGGCAAGUUCGUCUUCGUGGACCAGAGAGCCACAGCCAUCCUCGCCUACCUGCCCCAGGAGCUGCUGGGAACAUCCUUCUAUGAGUAUUUCCACCAGGACGACAUCGGCCACUUGGCUGAGUGCCACCGACAAGUGCUGCAGAUGAGAGAGAAGAUCAACACCAACUGUUACAAAUUCAAGAUCAAAGAUGGCUCCUUCAUCACGCUGAGGAGCCGGUGGUUCAGCUUCAUGAACCCCUGGACCAAGGAGGUGGAGUACAUCGUCUCCACCAACACCGUUGUGUCGUGUCCGAUGAUGGAAGGAUCAGAAUACCCUCAGUCUGCUGCCUCGCCUCAGAGUAUGGACAGUGCUCUCACCUCAGAGGGUGGCGGGAGGCGGGCGCUGCAGACGGUACCCGGCAUCCCGGGCGGCACGAGAGCAGGAGCAGGAAAGAUCGGACGCAUGAUUGCGGAGGAAGUGAUGGAGAUUCAGAGGAUCCGAGGCUCCUCCCCCUCCAGCUGUGGCUCGAGCCCUCUAAACAUCACCAGCACCCCCCCACCCGACACCUGCUCCCCUGGAGGAAAGAAGAUUCAGAAUGGAGGGACACCCGAUCUGCCGAGCACAGGGAUCAUUCCUGGACCUGAUUCUGUCGGCUACCCGUACUCCAACCAGUCCAUCAUGAGUGACAACUCCCACCUGAGCAUAGACAUCAUGGACGAGCCCGGCUCCAGCAGCCCCAGCAACGACGAGGCGGCCAUGGCGGUCAUCAUGUCGCUGCUGGAGGCGGACGCCGGCCUGGGCGGCCCCGUGGACUUCAGCGACCUGCCCUGGCCUCUGUGAGGCGGCUGGAAGGGACCAAGCACCGGGAGCCGCCGGUGGAGAGAGUCGGGUCAGGUUGGAUUCCGGCGGCCAUGUUUGCUGCGCUCUGCACGCAACUGCACUGCAAAAAAGUUCAUCUCCACACAUUCACUCACUUUCAAGUUUUCAGUGUCUCCUCCCUUCCGAGAGGACAGGAGACGGACUCUAGUGCAGACGAGUCUGGACCUUCAGAUUCCAGCUCCUUCACUUCCUGUAGGUGGACCAUUGUUUUCACUGGAGCAGAAAGAUGGAUCCUGAGCUCGUGUUCCUGCUCCAGACGAUGUGUUCAGAUGAACGUGUUUGCAGCGGCGCUCGUGUGCAGAUGUUCUCUAACGUUCACACGGUGACAGACAUGACUCUUAAAGAACCAGUGCAGUGAAAGGAAGUCGCAGGUCUGAGGUGCUAACGUCUCUGAACUGACGUCACCACCAGGUGGCGAGCCGGCACCGGGACCCCUGAGACCUUCAUGGACAUUACCUGAAGUUUGAUGUGGGGCUCGAGAGGAGCGCUCCAUUCCUGCCUCCCACCACGGCCCUCUUCGUCAUCUUCUUCAUCUUCAUCAACAUCUCUAACGUAGGACGGUGGAGCCGCACAGACAGGAACUGGUCAUUCUGUCCACCUGAUCUCGACCUGAUGGGAAGAUCUGCUCAGAAGAUUUUUUUACUCCCUAACUCCCAGGAGCAGGUUCAGUUAAAUAAUCCCACGAGCCCCCGAGCUGCUGUUUCCUUCACCUGCAUGAAAGCUAACGACUCUUUCUCCAAACUCAUUUAAAGCUGAUAUUCAGUCGAUGUUGUUUCCCAGAGUUUAAACCACAGUUUGAACAAAGAUGAUCCAAGUUCUGUGAUAAAUGUUAAAAGUUCUAAAACACAAGACUGGAACCCGAUGUGAGGGACUGGAGGACCUGGGUUCACGUUUCAAACCUGGUCUGAGGAUCAUUAGACUCAGAUUUAACUUGAUAAACUGAGACGGUGAAAGAACAUGGACACGUGGCAGCAGCGUCCAAACCGUCCACCUCUGUCCCUGAAAACACAACUUAACAACCCAUCAGACUUUAAAGGACAUCAUGUGGUUGAGUUGAUCCUCGGGGGGGCAGCAGCCCAGUGUGUGUAGGUGUGUUUUCACGGUGUCACACACUUUAGUUUCCCUCUGCAGACGUUUCCCAGAGAAAUGUUUCCCACUGCUCCUCCCACUCUUCAGCUCGUUGCCAUUCACAAACCUGAGCUCUUACCUUCACCCCCCCCCCCCCCCCCCCCCACACCCAAUAAUCAUCAUAUGAAGCACUUACGACGCAGUGAAACUGUCAGUCACUAAACUCCAUGGAUCAGUUUUCAGAUUCCACACAGAGACGCUGUCUUCUUCUCAUUAUGCGGACGUGAACUUAGCCAGAGACGAAGGAAAAGAAAAGUUUGUCUGGUUGAGAAGUUAAAAUAAAAAUACCUACGAGUUUAUUUCCACUGCGACGCCGACGGAUUCCCUGACGUGGACGGUUAAACUUGAAUCUGGUCGGUUAAGCACUUAACUAAUACGCAGAUGAUCUGUGACUGUACGUGUCCUGCAACCCCCCUCGUGAGCAGAAGGGGGCGACGACGUAGCCGGGGGGCAGCAGAGUGUGGGGGCGGAGCUACGGGAGAUUCUCUGAUCUCAUUGGCUGGCGUUGAACAAGGACUCGAGGACUGAAUGGAAAAGGUUUCAAUGUAAAUUUUAGAAAUGAUGAAUCCUCUCCAGCUCGAGUGUGUUGAGAGGAGGCCUGAUGGCGCCCCCUGCCUGUGUGGAAAGAUAAUGUGCAAAAUGUUCAUUCUGUAUCAACAAAUAUAAAAAAUACACCUUGAAAUAAUAUUUGAAAAGCGUCGUUUUAUACAAAAUAAACAUAAUCAACGACAACAAAUUAUACUUGAAAUUGAAUUAUACUGUAACACACACAUAAUCACAUAUAUUUAUACUCACUACUAUACUAAAGGUGUGUGUGCAUAAACAUUUUCCCAAAAUUGCAAAUUUAUAUGCAUUUCUUUUAAAAUGUACCCUGAUAAAAAUGAAAAUAUUUAAAAGUCCAACUAAAUAAUUAAUCAAAUAUAUUUUAUUAAAAGAAAAAGAUUCUGAUCCUGUUUUGUUUGAAAUUAGAAAAGAAGAAUAAAUGCGUAAAACUUUUCUCUCAAAGCUUCGUAUCAUGAACAGAAGAUUUUCACUUCCUGUUGAUUUGUUUGUUUCCCUGAUCGUUUGAUUUAAAAUGUUAUGCUUUGCGACUCAAACUGUUUUUAACGUGAUUGUUUGAAAUUUAUUAUUAUUUUCUUUCCACACGGGCAGAAAGUUUAAGACCUCUGGUUGGAGCGUCGCUAGCUCCUGUCCCCACACAUCUGUACGAACUUUGAUCUGUACGAAACUUUGAUCUGUACGAACUUUGAUCUGUAAGAACUUUGAUCUGUAAGAACUUUGAUCUGUACGAACUUUGAUCUGUACGAACUGUGAUCUGUACGAACUCGGUUAACGUUCAGUCGGUCUGACCCCAGGCCUGUCCACAGUAAACCACCCCCCCCUGCUGGCGGCCUCCGGAGGCAGCAGCUGGUGACGUCCCCUCUGUAUCUGUUCCAGUGGUUUUUCUGUUUCAAUGUUUUUACGCUACACUACAAUACAGUGUUUCCCUUGUUGAUAUACCCCCCCACCACACACACACCUGACAAUAAUGUAUCAAAUCUUUAAAUAUUAUCAUGCUAAGAGUAUACUUUAUGCAAAUAUAUAUGAGUAUGAUGAGUGUAUUGUAUGUAUCAGCAGUGAAAUAUUUUUAAAAUAAAACCGUUUCUGUCAUGUGGACUUCA